AUGAUCUCUGCACAGUCUGCAACAGAAGCUCAUAACUUGUGCAGCCAGGCACCAAUAAAGCCGCUUACUUCACCUACUAUCCAGUAUUUGGCCGAGGAUAAAGCGGUCUCUUAUGUCAAGGGUAUUAACGCAAUCAGAGACUUCCAUUUUCUGCCACGAUAUAUCUCCGUUCGCGUCCCAGGCUGGCUUCUGGAAUAUUGGAUGAGGUCUGACCGUCGCCUUACCUAUCGAGAUAUCAGGGCUCGUAUGACGGCCCCGCCAGCCGAUAUCCCAUCGGACAACGCGUUAAAUAUGCGUCGUGAACGUGAAGCGCGCCUGUCUCUUGGUCUAUCCUGCUGGUCCGCAUGCCGUGGAGACAUAACCAGAACUGAGAUGGAAAGGGUCGAACGCUGGUCUCAGCCUCAGGUAUCGUUUAAUACCACCAUGGGUAUUGAAUACGCGACAUCCGACCGCUCUAACUUCCAUACUCCUGCCUGUCUUCUAAUGAAGUGCCUGGAUGGGAUCUAA